AUGUCCUCUCACGCAUCUCACGCCAGCUCCGGCUCCAACGUCGUCGGUGUUCACUACCGCGUCGGCAAAAAGAUCGGUGAAGGCUCCUUCGGUGUCAUCUUUGAAGGUACCAACCUCCUCAACAGUCAGACCGUUGCCAUCAAGUUUGAACCUAGAAAGAGCGACGCUCCUCAACUUCGAGAUGAAUACCGUACCUACAAGAUCCUUGCUGGCUGCCCUGGGAUCCCGCAAGUCUACUAUUUCGGUCAGGAAGGUCUCCACAACAUCCUUGUCAUCGACUUGCUUGGACCAUCGCUCGAAGACCUCUUCGACAUGUGCGGUCGCAAGUUCAGCAUCAAGACCGUCGUCAUGACCGCCAAGCAGAUGAUCACACGCGUUCAGACCAUCCACGAGAAGAACCUCAUCUACCGUGAUAUCAAGCCCGACAACUUUUUGAUCGGUCGUCCGAUGACCAAAGGCGCCAACUUGGUUCACGUCGUCGACUUUGGUAUGGCCAAGCAGUACCGUGAUCCCAAGACGAUGCAGCACAUUCCUUACCGUGAACGCAAGUCGCUCAGUGGUACCGCACGAUACAUGUCCAUCAACACUCACUUGGGUCGUGAACAGUCUCGACGAGACGAUCUCGAGGCGCUCGGUCACGUCUUCAUGUACUUCCUCCGUGGUGGUUUGCCAUGGCAAGGUCUCAAAGCUGCCACCAACAAGCAAAAGUACGAAAAAAUUGGCGAGAAGAAACAGAGCACACCCAUCAAGGAACUCUGUGAAGCUUUCCCAGAAGAGUUUGGAAUCUAUCUCAACUAUGUUCGAAAGCUUGGAUUCGAAGAGACACCGGACUACGACUUUUUGCGCGAACUCUUCACCAAGGUUCUCAAGAGUUCCGGUGAACAGGAAGAUGGUGUUUUCGACUGGAUGUUGCUUAACAAUGGCAAAGGAUGGGAAGCAGGUACUAACCGCGAUCGACGUGAUGAUCGUGAUCGUCAUCGUGACACUCGUGCUUCUGCCGUACCGCAAGCUUCGGCAGCUGCUGCUCAACAACAGGCUGCGUUGGCACGUAAUGGAUCUAAAGGUGCACGCAAGUCGGCAGGCGCUCAACAGCAUAUGCAGAGUGAUCGAUCGCAAGCUGCACAAUUGCGUGCCAAUCACGCCGAGUUUACUCAGAAUGGUUCGGGAUAUGGUGGUGUAGGUUACGCUUCUAAUGUUGCUGUUCAUGACGCAACUGUCGCUGGGAUUUCUACCCAGAACGGCACUAGGGAACACAGCCAUGUGGGUCAUAUGACACCGGCCGCCAUGUCGUCCGGCAAUGGAUUGGAUGGUGCAAGACGUAACGAUGGUCGUCAGGCUGUGGGGAUUAGCAAUCCUGAGGAACAUCCCGCGGAGAGAAAGACGUUCGGUCAGAAGUUGGUGGAUGUUUUGACCUGUCGCUGUGCUUAA